GGGGGUUUCAUGUGGGGGCGGCCAGUGAACUUUCGAUUGCGCUCUAGAUGCCGCUGCACAAACAACGCGAAGCGCUCAAGCAAGCCGCUCGGAUCCUCCGCGGCAGUCAUGCGGCAUCGCUCGCGUACGUCCCGCCGAUGGAAGAAACGGCUAGCAAAGCAGCAGAGGCGUCCGACGACGACGACGACGAUGGUGGACCCGAGUCGCCCAUUGUCGGGGCGGUGACCCUCUUGCGCAAACUCCAUCAACAAUGUGCCGACCACGAGCGAAAAGAAGCCAGCAUCGGCCUCUACGACGUCGAAGUCCUCCUGCAUGCGUUUGCUGAGCUCGUCGACCCUGAGACCCCCGUGUAUGCACGAGAGGCCGAACGAUCUCUCCACCGCACGUUUAGUUCGAAUCGGGACGUGUUUGACGACAAAGUACAAGGGUUUAUCAACCAAAACUACUCGAGCACGGUCGGUCCUUGAACGUGUUGUGCGAGCGCUCUCGUAAUGCCACGUCAUCGUAGAACGAAGACUCGCACGCGACGUUCCGCGUGGCACUGCGUCGAGCCAGCCUUGUCCAGCGAUGCCUUAAAGCGUUCAACGGCACUCGAUCUCGGUCCAUCUCGUCGGACCCGCGACUGUAACAACACGACCUUCCAUCAGGAUGUCAUCGAGUUGAACAAUGCAUAUGCUUCUCCUGGUAGUGUGGCCGUGUCGUCGGAAGAGAUCGUAACGUCCGUCCCUGGCCCCAUGCCGCCCGACAGCCCCGACGCCAAGCAUCGCAUGCUGGGAGGUCGCGGCAGUGCGCUGAACAUCCUCAUUGGGGUCGACAUGGAAGCGUUGGUGAAGAAGGAGCUUGCCAAGAUCUCGACGUGGAACUUUAACGUGCUCGAGCUGUGCAAACUGCACUUGGACGACGUGCUGCUGAUCGUGGGAUGCGCUUGCUUUGAUGCAGAAAACAUGUGCGCCCACUUUGCCAUUCCCACGCCCACGUUGCGGGCGUUCUUUCAGGGCAUUCAAGCCAAGUACCUGUCCAAUCCAUAUCACAAUGCGGAACAUGCGGCCGACGUCAUGCAAUGUGUGCAUCACUUUUUAACGCUGGGCGGGUUGGGUACAAUCAUAUCCAAGCGCGGGCGGUUUGCUGCGCUCGUAGCCGCGGCGUGCCACGACGUGGGGCACACAGGGUACUCGAACAACUUUCACAUCAACACCAACGACCACCUCGCCAUCCGAUACGCGUAUCGAUCGCCUCUUGAGAACAUGCACUGCGCGGUCGCGUUCGAGUUGCUGCACAGCCGCGAGUGCGACAUCUUGGCCACGUUGAGCGACGUGGAACGGAUUGAAGUGCGCAACCUGAUCAUCGACAUGGUGUUGGCCACAGACAACAAAAACCACUCGAUCUACAUGGGUCGCCUCGACGGGGUUUUGCAAAGUGUUGACGGCGACGACAACGACAUCGACUUGAGCAACUUUGACGAUCAAAAGCUGCUGUUGCAGGUCGCACUCCACGCCGCCGACGUGUCCAACCCCGUCAAGCCGUGGGCCGUGUACCAGACAUGGACGGACCGCAUCAUGACCGAGUUCUACGCCCAGGGCGAUCACGAGCGCCGCCUCGCGCUGCCCAUGAGCUUCGGAUGCGACCGCCACAACCCGAUUCCGCAGGCCAAGAUGCAGGCGGGGUUCAUUCUCGGCAUCGUCAGACCCGUGUUCCAUACACUCAGCCGCGUGCCCAAAGUCCACCUCAAGCACUGCCUCGACCAGCUCGACCGCAACCUCAAAGUCUGGCAAGACCAACUCGCGCCCACGGCCUAGUACUACUACUACUAGUAUUACUAGCGAUUUCCUGUAUCAAUAACUAGACGGUAUAUUAGUCCUCCUCCUCUACGACGCGUCGACGGCGCUUAACAUGGCGCGACGCCAUUUCGUCGUCUUCUUCUUCUUCUUGCCUGGCCGUCGCAGGCACGUCAUCGCUUUCGUCACCAGAUGAUGGCAUGUCCAUGUCAUCUUGGACGUCAUUGUCUUCUGCCACUUCGUCAUGUUCCAUGUCGUCCAUGGCGGCGGUUUGCCGCGUUUCGGCACUUGCACGCAUAUGGCUGGCAUGCUGAAGUCGGACUUGAUGCUGAUUACGAUGAUUAUUGGUGUCGUUGUGGGGGGGGUCGUUGUCUUGCUCUUCGUCGUCAUGAUCACCAGGCAAUAGACGAGAUACAGUGUCCAUAUUGAGCUUGAAAUCGCGCGCUUGGCGGCGGACACACCACCGGCUAAAGUUGACACUCUAAAGCAACCAUCAUGAAGUACUUGUGUGAAUAGGACA